GACCAUUAUCCGCUAACGUCCAAUUUUCGGCACGCGUGGUAUCAUUAUUAGUAAUUGUUCGCCAUCAAUAUGCUAUGAGGUAGCGUAAUUUAAAACGUGUUAAGUACAAACUAUUCGUCUUCAGUGCUUGUCGGCAAUUCUGUAGUAGAAGAAGUGGUCGGUUCUCUGCUUCAGUGCGAGACGCAAGCCAACGUUAAGUAUCUGAUUCCCGUACAGCAUUAACAAAUGCUUCGUCCAGUUUCAUACGUGCCUGUGGUGACCGUGGUGGCUCUGAUGGGCUUCGCUGUCCUCAUCCACGGGCAAUGUUCCACGGAUGAUGAGCUUGAGUGUUACAUCGCGCUUAUUAACAUGACGUCCGGCGGGUUUGUCAGGCUUCAGCGCAUCUUUGCCACCACCUCGUACCCAGGAUACACCGUGCAGCGUUUGAUCGUGGCUAAUUCCGCAUCGGGAGCCUUUCUUCAACGAAUUGGUCAGCUCUCCAAGAGUAUCAUCUACAUACAGUACAAUGAACAGGUUUUCCUAUUGCCGGAGGGUAAUGAGUUGAUCUACGUGAUUAUAACAAAUGCCCCUACCCUACGCUUCUUUAUUGCCGGAAGAAACGAUCAGCUGGAAACACUCCGGAUCGAGAACAGUUUACUUAAUGUGAUUCCUUCGACAUUGGCCCAAUUGACGCAGCUCCAACUAUUGCAAAUCAACCGCUCCCCCCUAGCGUUGCUGCAUCUUGAUACGUUGGCGAAGAAUCCUAGCCUGCUUUACGUCGAGCUGCUUGAGAAUCGCAUCGCAAAAAUAAUUCCACCAACGGAUCCCGGUGCUGUGCUGAGCGUACAACAGCUUAGUCUCUCAUCAAACUGGAUUGUGCAUCUAGAUCUCGGUGUAUUCGAGAGAGCAAAGAACCUGAAUUUCCUCGAUUUACGAAACAACCGCUUGCUGACCAUUACGACCAAAGUUUCAUUGCCCAAACUGAGCUCCCUAUUCCUCGAUGGCAACAGACUAUCGUCGUUUGAUCUGCCCAGCCUACAAACACCCCUGCUGCACACGUUGAGUUUGAGUGCAAACAAUUUCACCGAGAUGCUAUCGCAAUGGGAAGACAAAUCAGAAUUACGAUACGUGUCCUUCGAUACUAAUCGCAUCAGAACGUUUGAUUUUGCUACGGUGCGACCGCUCAAAAAGUUGGCAUCGAUUUCUUUGACCGACAAUAUGAUCCAGACGGUCUUCGCUAGUCCGCCCGUGGUGGAGCUGCCAUUGCUGCAGGGUAUCUAUCUCAGUGAUCAAAAUGCCUUCGUGGAUAUUCCUACCAACUGGCCAAAGAUGCCGGAGCUGCAGUCGCUUUCGAUGUCGAAUAAUAAUCUGAAGGCAGCGAAUCUGACAUCAUUGCGUGUCUUUCCAAACCUACAGUACCUUUUCCUGUAUGAUAAUCAGAUCACAACCUUCCAAAAUAUGUAA